AUGCUUCUUAAACUUCUUAUAACUACAAUUUCAUUAAGUUCUUCUUUCGUGUUAUUUCGUGACAACCAAAGGGAUUCUGAUCCAAAUUUGAGUGCUCUCAGACAAUGUACAGAGUGUAAACAUCGGGAACAAAAACCAUUAUUGGUAAAACCAAACUGCGUGGAAUGUUACUGUGAUUUGGACUGUAUAAAAUAUGGGGAUUGCUGUAUAGAUAUACUGAUAGACAAUAAUUUACAUACCAAACAAAUUGAUCCUGGUCUAAACUGUGUUAGCCCUGAAUCGUCUGACGAUAUUGGGCUACUACAUGUAAACACAGAUCAGAACGGAUAUUAUAUGAGAAAUUAUUACUUCAAGUCUGAGGCUGUCAAGGCGUUUUGUGACUCUCGAUUUUUUCCAGUCUCGUGUGCUGAUGGUGUAUCGUAUGUAAAUAUGGAAUGUGCCCUAAUGAACAAGGCUAAAGACUGUACUCACUGGACUAUAGAAUCAGAAUGUAAGGAUUUGGUUUUGAAUAUUUCAUGUAAAUAUUACCAUGUACCACCAGUGUUUGUAGAAUUACGAUUGUGCGAUGUUCGCAGAUCUCUCGAUAUAAUAUCAACGUGCAGAAAGAAAAAGAAUGAAUUGACCAGACUGUGUGAAAAGUAUUUCAGUUUAGUAUACGGAGAGAAUGGUAGGGUCUACAGAAACUAUUUUUGUUAUAGAUGUAAUAUCGACGAUGUAGCUUUAGUUCUCAGUCAAUCAGUGAAUCCUUUUAUAAGUUUGACCGAUUUUUCUGAUACAUUCAAUAAAGCUGUAACCCCAUGUGACGGUGAAACAGCUUGGAUGGACAUGUAUGCAAAUAAGUGCAGACCAGUAAAAUGUUACAGCGAGAAAGUCUUGGAAAAUGGAUAUUGUUUGAGUAACAACAGAACAGCUCUUGGUAAUAAAUACCAACUUUUAGUCCAGUUGAAUAUGACAACACGCCAUCCAAUACCUAUUAUUAGACAGAUGAUUGGUCAUAUGAUGUAUACGACAUCAGAAAACAUGUGUUCCUCAGAUUAUGAUAUUGCAGAAUCAGUCCAGAUAUCGGAAUCUACCCAUUCUUUACUGUAUCUUCACAUAUGGCUAGAAAUAAAUCAAGACAUUCUAAUAGAUGAUAUAGAAGAAACACUUGCAAAUUUAAAUAGUGGAACAUUUUGGAGAUUUUCUUAUUUGCAUGUGUCUUUCAAAGUGAUUCUCCAUAAACUUCAGUAUUCCGAAAAAACAGAUAAAUACCUUAGACCGGAUCAAAAUACUGGUUUAUGUUGUAAAGAAGAAGUAAAGUUGCAGGUUUACAAUAAAUUAGAAUAUGAACCAGUAUCCAAUCAACUGUGGUGUUCGUAUAUAAAAUUUGACCAAUCAGAAUUUAUUGUUCAAGGAGAUGCUGUCGUCCCCCAUUUAAAUUUAACUCUCAGUCUAAAAAAUGGCGAGUUUUCGAUAUUCAAAAAUAAACUGUCGGUAUGUUUCGAGUUGUUUCUCUUGAAAACAAAUCUGUCACGAACCAAUGGAACGUAUUACGUUUCUAAUGAAACUGGUAGUUUUGAUGUAAUAUUAUGGUAUGUAACUAUUGUAUGUAUUUCACUCUCUAUGUUCUCACUCGUACUUGUUAUUAUUACUUAUCUUGUAUUUGGCGAAAUGAGAUCACAACCAGGAAUAAACAAUCUGAUCCUUUGCUGCAACCUUUUCCUAGCACAGCUCAUAUUAAUGGUUGGAUUUGAUAAAACUAAUCAAGUAACAUUAUGUAAAGCUAUAGGCAUAACUACUCAUUUCUUGUGGCUAAGUAUGCUGUUUUGGAUGAAUAUCUGUUCUUAUCAUAUGCUCAAAGUUUUUGUUUUUAGUAAAUUUGUCAUUCACUCAUCAAACGGAAUUGCCAAACAAAGUAUAAUCUAUUCUAUAUAUGGUUAUGGUACACCGAUUCUGAUAAUUAUAACAACUAUUGUAGCUAACGUUAUACCCACGUCUGGUCACAAUGUGGGAUAUGGCGGUAAUAUUUGUUAUUUAUCAAGUAAAGUAUUAGUUCUGUUUUCAUUUGUCAUUCCUUUAUGUUUUGUUAUUUUGAGUAAUGUUAUUUCCUUUAUUUGGACUGUUAUUUCCAUUCAACGUGUGAAGCAAGUUGGUAAGCAAACCGGCGAAAGAAACAAUGUGUAUAUAUAUCUUAAACUAUCAGUAGUUACGGGGGUGUUUUGGACUAUAUCUUUAUUGUCGAACUUUGUUAAUGCUAUUGUUUUAGACUAUAUAUCUGUCAUUUUGAAUGGGUCGCAGGGGGUCUUUUUACUCUGGUCGUUUGUUUUAAAUAGAUCAGUGUGGAACAAAUGGAAAAAGAAAUGUGGAAAAUCUGUACCAGCCGAUUCAUUCACCAAGAUUACAUUAAAAAACACAACAACUUCAGAAAUUUAA